AUGUCGUACGGUGGACCCCCGCAAAACCCAUACGGCGGUGGUGCCGGUUACUAUGACCAGCAAGGUCAAGGACACUACCCCUCUCAGCAGGGACAUUCUCCUCAACCACAGCAAGGAUAUUACCAACCAGAGGGCCAGCAGGCUUACGGUCAGCCCCAAUAUGGUCAGCCUCAAUACGGCCAACAUCCAGGACCUUAUGAUCAGCAAGGCGGCCAGGGCUACCAGGCAUACGCCCCUCAGCACCAGCAGGGCCAGUAUCCUCCCCAAGGCAGUCCUGGAUACGAACAGCCUCCCCAGGAUCGCGGCCACUCGCCGUAUCCUCCCCAGCAACAGCAGUACCCGCAAGGUGGGGGCGAGAGCUCCGCAUACUAUGGCGGUGCACCCCAACACCAGCAACAGCAGGGACAGCCUGGUGCUGUAGGACCAGAGGGCGACAGGGGCCUCGGGUCGACGCUGCUUGGUGGCGCGGCUGGUGGGUUUAUGGGCAAUAAGCUUCACUCCGGCUUUCUCGGUACUGCGGGCGGUGCUGUUUUGGGUGCUGUUGGUGCGAAUUUGGCGAAUGAUAAGCUGAAGGAACACAAGAAAGAGAAGAAAUCUAAGAAGUACAAGAAGGAGAAGAAGCACAAGCGGAAGAGCUCGAGCUCGAGCUCUAGUUCUAGCUCUAGCUCGUCUGAUAGCGACUAA